UAAUACUCUGCACACUACCCAAGUUCUUAUCCUAAGUUGAAAUUCAAUGUUCAAUUGUGCCUCCGUAAAUACUCAAGAAGUAUGAUUAUAAUUAUUUUACUUAAAAAUAUAAUAUGGGUAAAUAAAUUAAUUAUAUAAGCGUUUGAUUAUACUUACCACGUGCUUUUCAGGCAUAUGUUACAAACUUAGUGUUACCUGAAAAUUUAUACUCAUGGAUGAAAAGUCAUCUAAAGGGAUACUAAAAAAGUCGUCAGUUGAGCAGCGUCAGAAAAGUUUUCAGUGGGAUGAAUCAAACAUUUUGGCCACAUAUCACCCUGCAGACAAAACUUACGGUCAUAUGAAAAUCGAAGAACCGAAAACACCGUACGUCUAUGAAUCAGAAGACAGUGUCGGGCGACCGUCUUUUAACCCAGAGGACUUGGCAGCCCGUUUAGCUGCUACUGUUGAAGAUCCUGAAAAACAACUGCCACGUACAACCGUACUCGGUAAUGAAGAAGAAGAGCAUCAGAGAAAAUUUCGUGAAAAGCGGAAGCAACAUUAUAAUGAAUUUUUGGCUGUGAAGUUAGCGAAAGAAAAUUUACAUAACGAUGAUGAUGAUGAUGAUGAAGUGGAGGAGAAGAAUGAGGAUAAAGAAAUCGAAGAUGAUGAAGAAAUCAGGCGUAAUGUAGAACAGGCAGCAAUUAAUGCUCGUCUAAAUGCGGAACUUUCCCGCUUGAGCAGAACUUCAGCUGAUCAAUCGGUGGAAGAUAAUAUUUCAAGAGUUGAAAAUUCUUCGAAGAACUCACGUCUGAGACAUGCUAGACCCUAAAGGAUUUUAUCAAACUUAUUUUCGCUUUUUAUGUACAGAUAAUUGUUUGUGUUUUCAUCUAGUUUGCUCAGUUUGAUUAAUUAUACUUUCUACUUCUGUGUGUUUUGGAAGUGUUUAUACUUGCCGGUUCAAUGCAAUGUCAUCUAGUAACCUAUCAUUACAAAAUUGUUUAAUUGUUGAAUAAGUUGAAUCUGUACCUUAUUUGCGUUUAUGGAGUUAGAAGCAUGAUGUUUUUAUAUUCUAAGAAUAUAUUUCUUUGCUUA